AUGGCACCUUCAAAAUCUAAAUUAAGGGAAUUCACAGAGCAUCAAGGUCAUUUUAGUCUUGUGAGAAACUUCCACCUCGCUGACCUCUUUACAAUCAUGAACGGCGUCUGUGGCGUUAGUUCCUUGUUUUCAUCUGCUCACUACCUCAUCGAUCCUUCCAAUAAGCAUCCUCUAUACGCUGCACUUCUCCUCCCUGCGUGUGGUUUCAUUUUCGACGCUUUAGACGGCAAAGUAGCUCGCUGGAGAAAGUCAUCUUCAAUGCUCGGUCAGGAAUUAGAUUCGCUGGCUGAUCUUAUCAGCUUCGGCGUUGCACCCGCCUUUCUCGCCUUCUCUAUAGGUCUGAGGAGCAAGGUGGAUAUGAUCAUGUUGAUUGGCUUUGUUUGCGCAGGUCUAGCAAGGCUUGCUCGAUUCAAUGCAACGAUCGCCAAUCUCCCUAAAGAUGCCAGUGGGAAAUCAAAGUACUUUGAAGGACUACCCAUCCCUUCUAGUCUCUGCCUCGUCGCUUACAUGGCUUAUCUCAUUCACAACGAUCUAAUUCACGAUAGUAUACCACUCGGGUAUCAUUUGCACGCGCUGCACCCACUCAGUCUCCUCUUUGGACUGUGGGCUGCUGCGAUGGUAUCGAAAACAUUACGAGUACCAAAGUUAUAA